AUGAUUUGGUUACAGCGUUUGGCUCUCUUUUCUUUAUUCUGUCUUGUAAUUGCUCAAGAUCAUGUUGAUCUGGGCGAUAUAAAAGUAAAAGAUACCAAAGACGCUGUUGAAACGGAUAAUGGAAGCACGAAACUUGAUUCGGUAUGUUUGUAUUUGGUUUAUUCAACAGGUCUUUUCAACAAGGCAAAUUUUUCGUUUUCAGAACACAAUCACUUUUUAUCACGCAUUCAUCGCUUCGCUCUCAGUAAUUAUUGUAAGCGAGAUAGGCGACAAAACAUGGUUUAUUGCGGCCAUCAUGGCUAUGAGACACUCGAGGAUGGCCGUAUUUAUCGGCGCUAUUGCUGCUCUCGGGUUGAUGACCGUCUUGUCAGGCAAGUUUUCUGAAUUUUGUUCAUGCUUUGAAUUUUAGCUUAUUUGGGAUGGAUCACUCAACUAAUUCCACGAAAGUUUACGUUUUACAUUUCGACGGGCCUUUUCGCUUUCUUUGGGCUCAAGAUGCUACAUGAAGGGUAUCAUAUGAGUCCGAACGAAUCGCAAGAAGGAUAUGAAGAAGCUCAAGCCGAAGUUCAGAAGACUGAUGCCGAUUUGGAGACGAAAAAGUUUAGUGAUCUGGAGUCUGGCGGAAGCAGUGAUUCGUAUGUUUCUUUGAGAAAUCUUACCAGUUUUUAUUCAUAGUUAGUGCGUAAUUUUUAUAUUCUUUUUACAGGAAUUCGACUUGGAAUGUCUUAUCAUUUGUGUCAACCAUAUUUCUGAAGUCAUUUACUCUAACAUUUUUGGCAGAGUGGGGAGAUCGAAGUCAGUUGACCACUAUUAUUUUGGGAGCCAGAGAAGAUGUGACUGGAGUAAUACUGGGAGGUGUUCUUGGCCAUGCUAUCUGUACGGGUAUAGCUGUCAUUUUCGGAAGAUUAUUAGCACAACAGAUCUCUGUUCGAACUGGUAAGCUGAUCGGAUUACACGACAAAAAUUGCUUUUUUUUACCUAAAUUUCUUUUUUCAGUGACUUUAAUUGGCGGCGUCGUUUUCAUAGGAUUUGCGCUUUCUGCGCUUUUCUUGGACAUUGAACCAGACGCCUGA